AUGGCGCGCCCGCGCUUGACUGCAUGCACUAGUUCGGUCGUUUCGCUCGCAAGACCCGCUGUCCUCAUCAGUGCCGCGACCUGCAGCUUGCUAUUACUUCUUCUACAUGCCGUCUGGCUCAAGACACAACGCACGUUUCGAGAGGCGAAUGCAGCCAUAGUUAUCCACGAGGCCAUCUCUCCCGUCUGGGAUAUAGGCCCGCUCUCCCAGGUUACGAUGUACUUCGAAGCGUCUGCUCACUAUGGACUGAACGGAAGCGACGCGGACAUGGAAUGGGCGUCGCUUCUUCCCAGUAAUGGGGGCAUAUUGAGCGUAGGAUCCAAACGCGAUCCAUACAUGCUCUCCAUGUUUCACCAAUUGGCCUGCCUGGACAUUAUACGUCGUUCCUACGUUGAGCGCGAACGCGGUCCCGAUCGUGAAAUAGACACCAGGGUACCAGCGUGUCUGAACUAUGUUCGACAAACCAUUCUUUGUCGUCGAGACAUUCGGUUAGAGCCCGUCGUGAAUCCUGGCGGACCGCAUACAGUACAACCAUGGGGUCUGAUGACGUGCAAGGACUGGAGGCGGGUUUACGAAGCUGAGGCGGGCUUAACCCUGGAAGGUGUCUGA